AUGGGUUGCUGUUUGUCCACACCCAAAAACCAAACCCAAAACACGCAAACUACUCACAAAAACCACCAUCAUGAACCACCACCUCCACAGCAGCACUCGCCGCCGCUGCCACCACCACCACCGUUUGAAGAGGAGUCUGUGAAAGAGGUUCUGUCAGAGACCCCAAUUCCCAAACCACCCCAAGGUUCAAUUUUGACGCUAGAAACUAAAACCCUUAUGCCUCUCCAUCAAAACCCACUUCCCAUUUUCGAAACCAAUCUCCCCAUCGAAGAACAUUCCGAGCCUGUCUCUCAACUCUCAGAAACAUGCAGUGUGAGCGAGAGCUUCUCCGCCGCCACCACCACCACCACGGCUACCGUUACCACUACAACGGUCACCGAGUUAAGAGAAGACGACGAAGCAACCAGCAAAGUCCACAAGUGGGAUCGGUCUCCGUCCAGAAAGAGACCCCACGCCCCAGAUGGGAACUUCGCCGGCGGGAGAAACCGUAGACUCAAGUCUCCGGCGAGGAAGUCGGAGCCGUCGCCGGAGAAGAAAAUCAAAGGUGGUUCCAGGCCAAUUCGGGGAAGGGAAACGAGGGAGCCCGUCACGGCGGCAAAUCGGAGGCGAAAUACCGGCGCCGCUGCCAUCCGGCGGGACUCCGGAGAAGGUUCAGGUCGGAGGUCAAGGUCGCCGGCACGUGCUAUGACGGGGAAGGUGAAUGCAGGCGGUAGUCGGAAAGAGGUUGCGCCACCGAGUUUGGCUGAGAAGAAAGAGACUGCGCCACCGAGUAUGGCUGAGAAGAAAGAGACUGCGCCGGAGAUUGCGGUAGGGAAAGAGAACGAGGAAAAGAAAAGUGAGAGUGAAGAAGUUGGGGAGAAAAACGACGCCGUAUCGCAGGAAGAGUGCCUCGAGAACCCGCACGUUUCGAUGGAGUGCUUUAUUUUUCUGUAG